CUUCGAGAUUUUAACUAAAAUGUUCUCCAAAAACUUCGUUCUCCUUUACAUAUUCUUUUCAUACUCUUGCUAUUGUGACGGGGAUUAUUGUGAGCGUUUCAGGGAGUCCUUUGAUUCCCUCUUAUACAACCGUGUUCUGAUCGGCCAGGUGAUCAAGUCGUUGUUCACUCGCGGUGGAAUUCUCUCCUGUGCUCACAGAUGCUUGUCUCUUCCGUCAUGUUCAUCAUACAACUACCAAAUGUCAGAGUCCGACCAUGGCGUUUGUGAGUUAAACGGCGGAAAAGAGGGCGAUCAGGAAAACUUGGUGGAAAAAGCUGGUUAUGUUUUCGCACGGCGGAGAAAGCCGCCACGCAGCUGCAAAGAGGCAAGACAGCUGAUCAGUAAGCCUGCAUCAGGCUAUUUCUAUAUCCAAGACAACAACUGUCAUGAGUUUAAAGUCUACUGCGACUUCACCUCAGAGCCCGGUUGGGCCUGGACUCUAGUUAUGUCAGAAACCUUACAGAACGACAUGCAAAACAUGGCAGACACUAACACCCAUAAAAAUGGAAAUCCCACAACUAACACUCGAUUCACACCACCCGAGGUAGAUGUUAGGGUUCUAGAGAAUCAGGAUCUCUCGCAGGACCCAAAGUGUUGUUCUUCUGCUGAUAGUAAAAGACUUUGA